AUGAGCAAGACAUCCGGUCUCUACACUGCCCGCAAGCUCCGAACGGUCCGCCGCGUCAACCGCUGGGCCGACAAGAAAUAUAGAAAGGCACACCUCGGCACAUGGCUCAAGGCCAACCCUCUAGAGGGCGCCUGCAUGGCCAGGGGGAUAGUCACUCAGAAGAUUGGGAUUUCGGCGAAGCAGCCGAACUCUGCCGUCCGUAAGGCCGUGCGUGUGCAGCUGACGAAGAACAGCAAGAAGAUCACCGCAUUCGUUCCUCGCGACGGGUCUAUCACCUACAUUGAUAACAAUGACGAGGUGCUUGUCGCAGGGUUUGGUCGUGCAGGUCGUGCAGUUGGUGAUAUUCCAGGUUGCAGGUUUAAGGUCAUCAAGGUCGCUGGGAUCGGCCUUCUUGCUCUUUUCCUAAGGAAGCGUGAGAAGCGUGCGCGUUAA